UUACUAAUUGUAUCCCUUGUUCAUCGGAUCAGUCUUUAAGCCUACCUUUUUAUGAUGUUUCUACUUACUAUGAGCGCAGUAGAAAACUAUUUGCUGGCAAAGAUGAUUCAAUGUUAUUAGAUCUAUUUAAUAAAAUAUUUAUUCCUAACUCGUUUUUUGUUUUUCCUAUUUCUGGUGAAAAAAAGAAACGAUCGUUUUUACAUAAAUGGCUACUUGAAUAUUCCUGGUUAGCUUACUCACAGAUUAAAGAUGGAGCAUACUGCCUUCCAUGUACACUGUUGGGGAGCAGAAUUCCAAACAAUACCUCAAUAAUCAACUUCAUUCGAAAACCUUUUAAAAUAUGGGGUAAUGCAAUUCGUGCUUACAUGGAUCACAAUAAUAAUUGUCGACUUCAUCAAAGUAAGUAUCAUCCAGAUAUCGGAGAAACAUGUAAAAACAACAUUGGUAUAGGUAACUUUGUAGAGCUUUUAAAUUUUCGCAUUGAAGCAGGUGAUAAAGUUCUUGAGCACCAUAUUCGUUCUGCUCCUAAAAAUGCAACCUAUAUAUCUAAAACCACACAAAACGAACUUAUUGAAUGCUGUGGAAAAACAAUCGAAGAAGUUCUAAUUAAUAAAAUUAAAAAUUCAGAUUAUUUUUAUAUCUUGUGUGAUGGAGCCUCUGAUUGUUCUAAUGUUGAACAGCUAUCUCUAGUUAUAAGAUACAUUGACUGUGAUAAUGUUAUUUGUGAAGAUUUUCUACGGUUCAUUGAAUGUAAAUCUGGUACAACUGGUCUUAGUCUUGCGCAAAACAUAGUUUCUGCAAUUGAUGAUCUUUGCAAAACAUAGUUUCUGCAAUUGAUGGUCUUGAUAUCCAAAAAUGUAGAGGCCAAGGAUAUGAUGGUACUGGGGCAAUGUCUGGUAAAUUAAAAGGUAUUUCAUCAAGAAUUAAAUUUAUCAAUUCAAAGGCUAUUUUUGUUCACUGUGCAUGCCAUAAACUUAAUUUAGUUGUAAGUAAAUCAUGCAAUGUUCAGAGUGUUAGAAAUGUUCUUGAUCAAAUCAAAGAUAUAUCAUAUUUUUUUAACUUAUCACCUAAAAGUGCCAGCUGUCUUAAUAAAUUCUUUUUUUCUGGUCAAGCAAAAUUAAUCGAUACAUGUCGAACUAGAUGUGUUCAGAAACUUAAAGGUCUGGAUGUUUUUUUUGAUAACUACAUAUCUGUUUUUCAUUCAAUGGAAGAAAUGGCAUACAAUGAAGGGGCACCCGUGUUCAAUAAGAUCUUCUGCAACUGAAUGUUUUUCUUAAUCAACUGCUUCAGCUACCCAGAUGUAAACUUUAAAACAGCCGCAUUCAUCAACCGAUUUUUUAAUAUCAUCAUGCACUCCAUCUUUUACCGCAAGACAGGUGUAUCAGUCCCAUUGGUGGUCUACGCUAUAAAGUGCUAUUUAAAGAUCUUAAGAAAGUUCUUUGAUUUGGACCAGCAGUUGAAGAUGAAAGUUGGACCAGCAGUUGGAGAUGAAAGUUGGACUAGCAGUUGGAGAUGAAAGUUGGAUCAGCAGUUGGAGAUGAAAGUUGGACCAGCAGUUGGAGAUGAAAGUUGGACCAGCAGUUGGAGAUGAAAGUACUGCAAACGAAACAAAUGGAGCAUUUUUUGAUCGGCGCUUUUUUUCUCAAUUCACUGUAGCUGUUUCAAAACUUGAAGGCGAGUGCAACUCACAGAUAACAGUUCGCUUAGUAACAACUAAAAUAGAGUUUGGAACAACUUUUAUUCAUUUUUCACGUUAAUUAUUGUUGUAAUUCAAUUUGAAAUCAAUAGACUGAUACUUUACUAGC